AUGAAACGCACCUUGUUAGGAGGACCAGCUUCCUCGCGUUUCGUGAUUCCUUCUUCUUCAGAUGAUGCAACAUAUGGCUCUCCUCAUUGGAUUGGUAAAGGACUGACAUGUGUUUGCUUCAAGCCUAAGGGAAACUGUCAACCAGUCUGCAUUAAUCUGACCCCUUUACAGGAGGAAAGGCUUAUAAGAUUAAAACACAGAAUGAAAGUUUACUUUGAUGCUUCCAAGCUUGAUCACCAGGAUGCUUUGAGAGCUCUUUGGUCUGCUUCGUUCCCCGGUCAUGAGCUUAGAGGUUUGGUUUCUGAUCAAUGGAAAGAAAUGGGGUGGCAGGGAAGAGAUCCUUCUACUGAUUUCAGAGGAGCUGGUUUUAUAUCCUUGGAGAACCUCCUAUUCUUUGCCAAGACAUUCUCCACUUCUUUUCAGAAUCUUUUGAUGAAGCAAGGAAGAAAGGGAGUUGUGUUCGAGUAUCCCUUUGCUGUUGCUGGCGUAAAUAUUACUUUCAUGAUUAUGCAAAUGUUAGACCUUGAUGCAGCAACCAAACCUAGGACUUUCAUUAGAACAGUUUUUCUACAAAUGCUUUCAGAAAAUGAAUGGGCAUUUGAUUUACUUUAUUGCGUUGCAUUUGUGGUCAUGGACAAACAGUGGUUGGAGACAAACGCUACGUACAUGCAAUUUAACGAUAUCUUGAAAUCAACGCGAGUUCAGCUGGAGAAAGAGUUGAUGAUUGAUGAUGUUCUACGGAUUGAAGACAUGCCUUCUUACAGUCUUCUUUCUUGA